AUGUUCAACGAAACAAGCUCAGUGUACAACUCCGGCGAGAACCCAUCACCAGCUGAAACGGAUAACAAAACGAACUCAGGGUACAAUUCCGGUGAGGAAUCCAACAACAAUGGCGUUAAAUCGCCUAAAUCUGUCCUGCUUUUCAACUCUCUAUCUGAUUCCCAAGCUGACGCCGAAGCCGAGCCGACGAUGUCAUUUAUCAGGCCAGACGAUGCCGUUUUGAACGGGAACGAUAAUUUCUCAGACUUCUCGGUGUUUUCGGCUGACGAUGACUUGUUUCCCCCGUUUGUCGUACCCGAUUUGUUUGACCAAACAGGUUUUCCGGAUAGCGUUUUCGGGUUCGAGGAUUUUGAUUGUUGCGGUGGUUUGUUCUCAGGGUCAAGUAAUGAUUACCGGGACGGAUCUUCAAUGUUGCAAACGGAUGAUUACUUUCAAGAUUUUGGAGAUAUAUUCGGGUCGGAUCCUCUUGUGGCUCUUUGA